CUCAUUUGCGAAGCAAUUGGAUGAAUUUAUUCGAUGUAUAAGUAAUCCUAGUUUAUUUCUUUAAUAUAUGAAGUGAAGACCGCCGUUUCAAUAUACCUCGUUAAAACGAACCCAGCCUUCACUGUUGCUUUAGACACGAGACUUAUCAAGUACAUAGCGCCAGUGACGUCAUAAGGGCUGCGCCUCUCGUUUUCAGGCUACUGUACUUUGGCUGAGAAAAGACUAAAUGGAAGUGAAAGAGCAAAGACAUGAACUGAAAGAAGUGGAGGAAGAAAGUCAAGAACAGAAAGAAGCUGAAGAGGAAAGACAAGAACUGAAUGAAUCGGAGGAGGAACAUCAGGAUCAGGACCCCCAUAAUGUCACAACUGGAGAAGCAUCCUUUAAUUGCUCAAAGACUGAAAAUAAUUUAUCACAAAAAAGAAUAGAACCCAAAAAUUUCCCUUGCCCUCAGUGUGAAAAGACUUUUGCACGUAUAGGACACCUUAUGACUCACAUGAAAAUUCACACAGGAGAGAAGCCUUACAUAUGCCCUCAGUGUGGAAAGUGUUUCACAUGUAAAGGAGGCCUUAAGGAACACUUUAGAAUUCAUACUGGUGAGAGGCCUUUUAAUUGCCCUCAGUGUGAAAAGAGUUUCACAAAUUCAGGAGGCCUCCGGAGGCACAUUAGAACUCACACUGGUGAGAGGCCUUUCAUCUGCACUCAGUGUGAAAAGUGUUUCCCAAAUUUAACAGAACUUAAGAGGCACAUAAAAAGUCACUCUGUUGACAGGCCUUUUUCAUGCCCUCAGUGUGGAAAGUGUUUCAAGCAAAAAUGUGUUCUUAAGGAACAUGCAAAAAUUCACACUGGAGAGAGGCCUUUUGCAUGCAUGUUGUGUGGAAAGAGUUUCGCACAUCACAGCACCUUAAAAUGCCAUAUGAAAACUCAUUCUGGAGAGAAAUCACACGAAUGUCCUCAGUGUGGCAGGAGAUUUGCAGAGGCGAACAAUCUGAAAACUCAUGUGCUCGCUCACUCUGGAGAAAGGCCGUUUCACUGCGAUCAGUGUGGUAAAAAUUUUCUUUUGGGAAUACAACUGAAGACACACAUGAGGAUUCAUACAAAUGAGAAACCUUACUUGUGUUCUUUUUGUGGAAAGAGUUUUGUAUGGCUGAACGGUUUAAAAGACCAUCAGAAAACACAUAUUGAUGAGAAAAACUAUGAGUGCUGUGAGUGUGGAAAAACCUUUAAGAGAGCUGCUGAAUUGAAAGUGCACGAACGAAUCCACACUGGAGAAAAACCCUACAAGUGUUUAUUCUGCGAAAAGAGUUUCGCUCAGUCAUCAGGCCUAACAGUGCAUGAAAGAGUCCAUACUGGGGACAAACCUUAUCAAUGCCCAUUAUGUGGGAAGACUUUCAGUCGAUGUGGAAGUCUCGGGAAACAUUUAAAAAAGGCUUGCCGGAAAUUGUCAAAGUGAGCGAAGUGCACCUUCAAGUCCAUCAAAGUUCUUGCAAAAGAGCAAUUUAAAAAUUGAGACAAAGGAAAUAUAAGGUACUAAAUUAUUAGUUCAGAAAACAAGUGAGUUCAACUGAAAUGCCACAUAUGUAAUAAUUACUGCAACCCUAUAAUGAAAAUGUUUAUAGAAAAUAGACCAUUUCUUUAUUCCUUUUUGUUUUGUGAAAAAUCUAUCAAGUUGGUAUGUGUGGUAGUUUAUGGUACGUUAAGUAAUUUAUCUGCCCUAUAAAGAAAGCAACUAAUCUGUAGUGUGCUUAUUGUACAUUAUAUUUACCAGAAAUAAAAAUGAGUAAAAUAAUGUGUUGUGUCACUUAU